AUGCGUUUCUCUGCCGCUGUGGCCAUCGCGGCCCUGUCUACUGGCGUCAUUGCCCAGGGACACGACGAGAAGGAAACGUACGCCCUCGAAUUCGGCAAGAAAAACAAGCACAACGCCGAAUGCAAGGAUUGCAAGAAGUCCGACGACCAGAACAAGGUUGAGAUCGAGUUGUUCGAGAACGAGCACCGCAAAAACAGCGAAGGAAAUAAGAACAAGAACAAGGAGAAGCACAACGACGGACAGGAGAGCUCGGAAGACGAAGGCAAAGUUGAGAUUGAGUGGUUCGGAGACGAGCAUCGCCACAAGAGCCACGAAAACAAGCACAGCAACAACAACGGUCACUCGAAGAGCAACGACAAAAUUGAGUCUGAGGUGUAUGAGAACAAGCAUCGCUUUAACACCUGGGGAAACAAGCCCCAAGACGGAGAGUCCAAGAGCCAGGACAACGUCCAGGUCGAGGUGUUUGAGAACAAUAACCGUAAAGGCGACCAUGGCAACAAGCACCAGACCGGAGAGUUCAAGAACCAGGACAACGUCCAGGUCGAGGUUUUCGAGAACAAGAACCGCAAGGGCGACGAUGACAACAAGCACCAGACCGGAGAGUUCAAGAAGCAAGACAACGUCCAGGUCGAGGUGUUUGAGAACGGACAGCGCAAGGAUGCCCAUGGCAACAAGCACCAGACCGGAGGGUUCAAGAACCAGGACAACGUUGAGGUCGAGGUGUUUGAGAACAAGCACCGCGGCGACGGCCAGCGUGAGAAGGACCAGGAGUCUGACCAGACCGACACCAUCGAGAUCGAAAUCUUUGGAGACGAGGACGAGCAGGAUGGCGAGACCAACAAGCCCCAGCGCAACAAGGGCCAGACCUCGAGCGACUUUGUGGAGGUCGAGCGGUUCAGCGACAAGGGCAAGAAGCAGAAGACCGAGCCCGAGGGUCCACGCUUCCACCAAGACAGCGAGGGUGUUGUUCACAUUCAGGGUCUUCACGGCAACAACCCCGACGAGCCAAAGCCUGAUGUCGAGAUCUUUGUCGACAACAAAAGCAAGGACUCUGACGUUGUGGAAGUAGUCCAAAUGGGCGACAAGAAGAUCGCCGUCAACACCGACUGCCGACAGAAGUGCGCUCCUAAGAACAAGGUCUGCCAGGAGCAGUGCGCCGAGACCAAGGGCAAGGUCCAGGUGGAGCUGAUUCACCAGGAGGCCGCCAGGCCCGAGAAGGAGAUCAUUGUCGAGGAGAAGAUUAUCGAGACGAUUAAGGAGGUCAUCGUGAAGUGCCCCCAGGUUGAGAAGGAGAUCAUCGAGAAGUUCGUCGAGAUCCCUAUCAUCAAGGAGGUGAUCAUUGAGCGCCCCGAGAUCAUCGAGAAGAUCAUUGAGCGUCCCCAGAUCAUUGAGAAGAUCGUCGAGCGUCCUCAGAUCGUCGAGCAAAUCAUCAAGGAAGUCGAGGUUGUCAUCGUCCAGGCGCCCCCCUUCCCGGUCAAGAACCAGACGGUGCCUCGUCCUCCCGUUCCUGUCCUGCCGGUUCCUCUGCCGCCCACCAAAAACCAGACAUUCCCUCAGCCUCCGGUUCCUGUGCGGCCGAUUCCUCAGCCUCCAGCUCCUGUGCAGCCUGUCGUCCCCGUGCAGCCUGGAGUGCCUCUGCCUCCUACGCAGAACCAGACGUUCCCUCGGCCUCCGGUUCCUGUGCAGCCUGGAGUUCCUGUGCAGCCUGGAGUUCCUGUGCAGCCUGGAGUUCCUGUGCAGCCUGGAGUUCCUGUGCAGCCUGGAGUUCCUGUGCAGCCUGGUGUUCCUAUCCAGCCUGGCGUUCCUCUGCCUCCUGUCCAGAACCAGACCUUCCCUCGGCCUCCAGUUCCUGUACAGCCUGGAGUCCCUGUGCAGCCUGGAGCCCCCGUGCAGCCUGGCGUUCCCGUGCAGCCUGGCGUUCCCGUGCAGCCUGGCGUUCCCGUGCAGCCUGGCGUUCCUCUACCUCCUGUCCAGAACCAGACCUUCCCUCGGCCUCCAGUUCCUGUACAGCCUGGAGUCCCUGUGCAGCCUGGAGCCCCCGUGCAGCCUGGAGCCCCUGUGCAGCCUGGAGCCCCCGUGCAGCCUGGAGUUCCCGUGCAGCCUGGAGUUCCCGUGCAGCCUGGAGUUCCUCUGCCUCCUACGCAGAACCAGACGUUCCCUCGGCCUCCGGUUCCUAUGCAGCCUGGUGUCCCCUCGCAGCCUGGUGUCCUUUCGCAGCCUGGUGUCCCCUCGCAGCCUGGUGUUCCCUCGCAGCCUGGUGUGCCCCAGCUCCCAACCAAGAACCAGACGUUCCCUCAGCCUCCAGCGCCUGUGCAGCCGGUCCCUCGGCCCAUCGUGCCGUCCUCGCCUAACGUGACCGCCCCUGGCCAGCCUCAGGUUCCUGGACAGCCUCAGCAGCCCUCUGUUCCUGGACAGCCCCAGGUUCCUCAGCAGCCGUCCGUCCCGGGCCGACCUCAGGUUCCUCAGCAGCCCGGGCAGCCCUUCAUCCCUGGACAGCCCAAGGUCCCCCAGCCUGUGCCUGUGCCUGGCGGCCCUGUCUCGCCUUCCCCCAAGGUCCCGACGGCUGGCGCUGCUGAGCAGAGCGUUUCCAUUCUGAGCUUCGUGCUUGGAGCAGCCUUCUGGCUUCUGCAAAGUAUUUGA